AUGGCUGAGCAAACGAGGGUCGAAGAGCUUGAAAGGCUCUUACGAGAAGCUCAGCUACGCGCCGAGAGAGAACAGCAACGCGCCGAGACGGCGGAACAGCAGACCCGUGCUACAACGUUGGACGAGUAUAUCGCGGCUUGCCAUAGCCUAGUGUUUUCGAGAUUCGAGGUCGAGACGGACAAAUCGCUUACCUCAAAAGGCUCAAUCACAAACCCAAGGAAUAAGCUAUGUCCAACGAGCCUCAAGCCUUGGCCAGACUUCCUGGAGCAACAGAGAGUCGCCUUCGGCGUACUCUAUGACGCGCUUCCCGCGCAGACGCGUCUUUUCGAGUCCCGAAACUUCUUGUCCGGACUUGGAGACAGAAUUUCCCAGCGGCCGAUUGCGAAUGAGAAAGACCUCGAGACCUUCCUUCAUAACAGCGUCGAGGAUCCAGUCAGAUCCAUUCUGCAUCAGCUUAAGGAGGUGGAGCAAGUGCAAAGCGUUUACGGAAUUGGGGGUGGCAUCAUAUUCGAGAAUCACCCUAGUGCCAUAAGCGAUGUAUCCGAAGAAGUCGUCCACCGUGAAAUGUCAUCACCACCCAGAACACCUGAUCAGGGACGACUUUCGAAUCAACUUCGCCCCGACCAAAUAUGUGUUUACCGAUCUGAAGAUGGCAAGUCGACAAGACGCAGCAUGAUCUACGUUUGCGAAUACAAGGCACCUCACAAACUGACAGCGCCCCAUCUUCGUGUUGGCCUGCGACCGAUGAAUGUAUAUAAGGAAGUUGUCAACCGCAAGACGAUCCCUACCUCGGCGGAUCCGGAAGGCCGUUUCCAAUACCAUGCGGAAAAACUAACCACCGCUGCCAUAUCGCAAACGUAUCACUACAUGAUCGAGGGCGGACUCGACUACGGGCUGCUGACAACGGGUGAGACGAUUGUGUUCCUCAAAAUUGAUUGGGAGGAUCCGCAGACACUCUACUAUCAUCUAGCCGAGCCCGGGCCUGAGGUGUCGGCGCAUCCGAACCAUUUCCACUCUUGUACUGCUGUCGGGCAGUAUCUAGCCUUCACCCUGGUCGCCUUGGGUCAACCCGGCCAAAGGCGGGAGCACGGCCAGGAGGAGCGUCGCCUUGCGAUUCAGGGGCUGAAGACGUGGGCAGAAGAUUUUGAGAGCACGCUGCGUUCUAUUCCAGCCAGCGAGCGGUCCGCGCCAAGUGGCUUUUCGGACUAUGAGCCUACUACCUACGAGGGUAUUGAUCGAUCGCCAUAUCCAUUUCGUCACGACCGACGGCCUGUUAGUGAUAAGGACCAACCCGACAGGCAGCCUGCAAGACGGGACUCGCCAGAGUCCUCAGAUGAUGAAUCAAGAAGCAACCUCCCAGACACACCGAGUCCCGCUGAACGGCGAACCGGGAGUCGAGAGCAGGGAACCCGACGAAGCCAGAGGAUCCAUGCUCAACGUCCACGAGGAGCCGCGGCACGAGGCGGUAGUGAGUAUACGAGACAAUACUGCACGCAGAAAUGUCUGGUCGGAAUGGUUAGAGGGCGUUUACUCGAUAUACGUUGUCCCAACGUAACGCUUCACAAGAGAUGGCGGGGUCCCCUGGGUCCUCCCCAGGGUGGGAUCAUCUCCCAUCAUCCUGUCAGCCAUCGCCAGUGGCUACAGCUUCUGAGGAAACAGCUCGAAGAUUCUCUUGACAACGGGGUGACCCCUCUAUGCGAGGGUGGUGCACGGGGUGUACUAUUCCAAGUCACUUUGCUCGCCUAUGGCUAUACUUUCAUCGGUAAGGGGACUGUCCGGGCGUUUAUCGAGGAUCUCGAGCACGAAGCCGCAGUUUACGAUCGCCUCAAAGCGGUGCAAGGGAUCAAUGUGCCUGUUUUUUUAGGCACCAUGGACCUCCGAUCCAUGAACAAAAUCUACUAUUAUGACCACCGGGUCUACGUAGUGCAUGUGAUACUCCUCUCAUGGGGCGGGUACAAGCUAAGCGAUAUUGAGAAUGUCAAUGGCAUGGGCAAGACUCUGGCAGAUGGGGCAUUGCGAUCGUUGCAAUCGAUACAUCGAGAAGGUGUUGUCCACAAGGAUGUGCGAGCAGCCAACAUGCUAUUCAAUCCUGAGACGAAUCGUGUAAUGGUCAUUGACUUCGAAAGAUCAUUGCUCGUGCAGCCGCCUCGGCGUGCCCUAGCUCAAUUAGUACCCAACAAGAGGGCAUGGAACAGUGAGACAACUGAGAAAAGAAAGGGCAGAGUUCGAGUCUCCGGUCAGCAACAAGGGUGUGGAGAUGUUGUGGAAGACAUUUCGAUGGCGAGGUCGGCAUUCUCAGAACUCAAUUGCUUGGGUGGAGACCAAGACGACGAGAAGUCGGCCAGCCCCGAGCUUGGUGUGGGACGAUCCGCAACGAUGGAGGAGGAUGGUAGUUGUGGGUACCACUCUACGGAGCUGGCAACAACCGUUGCACUACCCAACCCGCUAAACGAGACAGAAGACCGAAGCAUGGACCAUUUCGGAAACGCAGGCCAUGGCAACCAAAGAGAUGUCUCACGCAGAGAAGAAGAAGCAGGUGGCGGAUCCCCUGCUUUUCUGAACGACCAUAGCAACGCAAACGACUCAGACACUAUAUUUAUCACUGGCAACGAUGUGGUGUCAGACUCCCAAUCAGAGUCGGCUUGGGACUUAGGUGCCGAAGUUCGAAAAGUGCCGGAUAAUCACCCUUGUGCGAUUGAGGCCAGUUCUCGGUCAGCAAAGGAAUUCCUGGAGAAUGUUUGGAGCCGCCGGUGUGGCUGCGAACCUGAAGAGCGUCGUCCAGGUCCAGAAGCCAAUAAUAGGUUCAGCCUUGAACAAAUGGCCUGUUACUGGAAAGAACUUGGCGUUCCGGACGCCCUCAGCCCUUCAUCUCCAGGCCCGUCUCAAAUAGGCUAUCAUGAUAAUGAUGAUCUUGACUGGUCCAUCUUCGCCCUCACAUUGUGCGUGCUCAGCGGGUGCCGUACCUCUGCUGAGAGCAAGUACAGCCUCAUCAAUGCCGACCACACGCUCCUGACGGCGUCGUUUGGGGAAGAUUGCGUCAAAGCUGGCAUCUCCGUCAUCCCUGACUUAUACAAGACGGGUCUGGCAGGCGCAUGCAGAGUCAAAGACGGCUCUGCCACCUGCGAAUCCUCGCCUCCCGGCCACCCAUCCCUGAACUGGAUUGACAUGUUCGAGUCCGACCUCAACCUCGCUGCUUCCGCAAACACCACGACUCCAAGACCCCCAGGCUCCUCCAACUCCACCAUAGCCCACUGCCUCAACGUCAUCGCCUCAAACCCCGUCGACCACGCCUACAACAACCGCCUUGCCUCCGCCCUCCUCGCGCUUCUCGCCAUCUGCAUCGUCCUCAACAUCGCCACCACCGCUGUCGCGCUAUUCAGUGUCUCCGCGUUCGCCUUGCCCGUCUUCUUCCCGGGGCUGGUGGAUGAGAUCCUCCUCGUCACAUGUCUGGGCAUCUACCUGGGAAUCAUGAACCACGAGGCCGGGUCGUACAUCAUGCAGGAUCACCAGCACGAUAUCGACGGAAAGGCGGUGUUAGGGGUCGGUUUCUGGUUGUUGCUGAGCACCUUCGCCGUGCGUGCUUUGUCGAUGCCAGCGCUGUUGGCGACAACGGUGUUGGUUGCGGUGUCGAUCCCGCUCGUGGUGAUUUCGCUGGUUUUAUGUGUUGUUGGGUGUGCGGAGGCGGUGGCCGGUACGGUGGAGUUUGUUCCAGUUAUUUACUACUUUUGA